UUUUUUUUUUUUGCGUCCGAGCGUGCCAUUCAUUCACGUGGGUUUUUUGCCUUCGGGCUAGGCUAGCUCGUGCUAACGAGGAAGCUAGGCAGUGCGGACGUGACAAAUGGUGACAGUAACGUUAUAUCUGGUGUUACCCACUCGUUGUUUAAAUGUCCGCCGGUCCUUGCUCGUUAGGCUACCGGCAGAGGCGGUUGUCAGUCAAACCGAGGACGCUCGGUGAGGUAUUCAUGGGGUAAUGCCAGAGUAAACCGAGGGGAACAAUGGUGAAAUACUUCUGCUGCGCAGGUUUACUCAAAAGCACCUGGGACCAAGUCUGUAUUGCCUUCUGGCAGCGGUAUCCCAACCCCUACAGUAACCAUGUUUUGACUGAGGACAUCAUUUUCCGAGAGGUUACUCCAACCAACUGCCUCAUUUCCAGACGUCUGUUGACCAAAACUAGCCGAGCGCCUCGCUGGAUGGAGCGUUACCUUCCAAAGCACAUGGCCAGCUCAGCGUACAUCAUUGAGGACUCCAUUGUGGACCCUCAGAAAAGGACCAUGACCACAUUCACAUGGAACAUCAGCCAUGCUCGCCUCAUGUCCGUGGAAGAGCGGUGCAAGUACCGAAUUAACCCUGAGAAUGGCAGCUGGACAGAGAUGAAAAGAGAAGCUUGGAUCUCCUCCAAUGUCUAUGGCCUCUCUAGAGGUAUUCAGGAAUUUGGGCUCGCAAGGUUCAAGACCAGUGUUACAAAGACCAUGAAAGGGUUUGAAUACGUGCUGGCCAAAAUGCAAGGUGAAACUCCAUCAAGAACCUUAGCAGAAACGGCUACGGAGCGGGCAAGAGAGACAGCACUGGCAGCUAAGGAGAAAGCCAAAGACCUCGCCUCACACGCCCAGAAGAAACAAUAUGUGUGACGAGUUACAAGAAUCACUGGUUCUGCAGCCACUGACACUGGGACAGAUUUAUCUUAACCCCCUCUAAUUGUUAAAAUCAAGCAUCAGGGUGAGACAAAUUGAUCCCAGUCCAGGGUGGACACCUCUGUGAGGGAGCAUCAAAAGAAAUGGUGGGUGGACCAUAAAAGGCCUGAGCUGGGUUCAAGAGCCUGUUCCUGCCUUCCUGUUCAUGUCAAGCUGAAUUUAUUGUACCUUUUAAAACCAGAUCAUCUCAGUAUUUACCCGAGAUAGAGAUCUUAGGAAGGAAUGGUUGAAUAUGGCUCUUGGUGCCAUAAAAUGAGAGCACUUUUCCAACCUUGACACUGUUCCUCAGACCUUUUGCUCAGCCUCUGUACCCAUCAGUGUUUGCUUUUUACAGUUCCUUUAUGAGUAUGUCAUGUUUUUUGUAAUAGUGUCAUAUUAUUAAUAGCUUCUUGUCCAGAAGCUAAGAUUAACAUGCCGCAGAAUAUCUGAUUAAUUCAAAUUCUUGUGUGAUUUACUUCAGUUGUUGUUCAGUUGCAAUCGUGUUAUCUUUUAGUUCAGUUCACCCACCCCUUAAUCAUCCUACCAAGACUGAAUGCUUCAGGUUCAAGUUAAUUGACUGAAGAAGGGUCCAUAUUGUUGACAGUCAUAGCUUGAUUUAAAAAAGAAAAACUCACUUAGCACUCUUGAUAUUGUGAUACAAUCUGGUUGCAAUGUAUAUCAGCAUCUUCACUUAAAUUUAAAAUGUGUGUACAAAGGCAAAAAUGAUACCUUAUAUUGUACAUUCAGCUUAGGUCUGACGAUACAACCCAUGCAACAAUGUGCUCUUACUGUAUCAACUAAAUAUCAGCUUGUCAAUAAAUGGACAGUUUAUUUGUAA